GACAAUGCCGUGAAACAGGCGGCGGAGUUGGUCCUCCUCCGUCAGCAACUCUCAGAACUGCGAGACCGGGUGGAGACUGCCAAAUCCAGCCGUGAGAAAGCCGUGGAAUACCGUGAGUUGCAGCAGGGCCGCUUUCGGACCGUGCAGCACGCGGUGGAGAAGCAGGAGGCCGAUGUCGCGAAGAUGAAGGCCGGUGUCAAGAACGCCUACCAGGAGCGUGACAAGAUCAGCGAGCAGCUCCAGAAGGUUAGCCUCCGCGACGCGGUGGUCGAAUACUGGCAGGUUUUGCGGGAGUCGCCGGGAAAGGCGCUGGAGACUUUGACGACGUACGUCAGUUUGGUCCCAGACCCGGCGCGCGUCAUGACCGAAGUUUCGCGGCUGCGCGACAACCAGCGGAAGCUUGCU